AUGGCGAGCCAGGACCCGAGGGCCCCCCAUGCCCCCUCUCCUACCGCUGCGGCUGAACCUGAUGCUACACACACACGAACUGCUGCUGUUUCGGCUGCCGUUGCCAGUGAACCUUCGGCAGCGAGAAGUGCGGGGGACCUGAUACAGGGAAGCCCUUCGAUAACAAAUUCAAACACAGUGACGAUGACAAGCGAUGUUGGGCCACAUGAGCAAAAGAGUCCAAACCCAGAAGCUUCGGCAGAAUGGCAGCACAGCUCUUCAACACCACAGGAGUGGCCUAUCAGUACCAGCAGCAAGAGCAGCAGCAGCAGCAACAGCAGCAAUACGAGCGGCGGCAGUGGAAGCGGAUUGCUUCCGCCUGCAGCAGCAACGGAGUCAUUGGCGGCUCCGCAGGCAGCCAGGAGCCGCUGCUUGGAGAGCAGCGCCAACGACAAUAGCAGCAGCAGCAACGCUAGCAGCAGCAGCAGCAGCGCUGGCAGCAGCAGCAGCAACAGCAAAAGCAGCAGCAGUGACAAGGGGCAACCUGCGCGUUACGGCAUCCCUUCGGGCGAAGAAUCUAUGAAGGCUUUGCGUCGUCAUGUGGAGCUUCUGAUGGACCGCGAAGGGAACGCCAGGACGCGCAGCCGCCUGGAGUCGUGUCUAGACGCCCUUGAACCGCAGGAGCUGGACCUUCAGCUGUUGCGCGUAGUCUGCGCUAAGGGGCUGCCUGAGGGCUGUGCUGCAUUGCGUUCGAUAUACUGGCGUCUUCUCCUUCACUGUCUGCCGCCCAAGCCGUCUGACUGGCAGCAGCGGCGCUGCAAGCUCCGGGAGGCAUACGAGUCCUACAAGGCAGAGUUCAUUCGCGAGCCCGAGGCGGUGCGUCGGUUGCGGCGCAUGCAACAGCAGCAGCAGCAGCAGCAGCGGCAGCAGCAGAGGGAAGCUGGGAUAGACGAAACCAAAGAGGAUAGGUCUUCACCGGCUACAGCUUCGCACGACAGGACCGCCCGCAGCUCUGGGGCCACCCCCAUCAGUGGUCGUCACCAGUCGGAUUCCUCUAUCCCGCUGGCAGCUGUUAAGGAUCAUCCUCUGUGUCGCAGCGCGACCAGCGAGUGGCGGGGCUACUGGGUGGACGCGGAGGUGUUUGACCAGAUUAACAAAGAUGUAUUCAGGACCCGACCGGAGUUGUGUUUCUUUGCCCUCAACCCGCAGCAGACUGUCACGCGGCAGCAGCAGCUCCAUCUCUAUCCCCCGCCGCCCACACGACAGACACAGACCCAGCAGCAGCAGAAUGACCCAGUUCCUCUCCUCGUCAACUACGAUCUCUUGCUGCAGCAGCAGCAGCAGUUACAGCAGCAACAGGAACAACAGAAACCUCCACGCGCGUCAUCCAACCCUGCUGACGAACGCGCACGCGCCAGCAGCAAGCACACCCGCGGCAGCAGUACUGCCUCGUCUUCUUCGCUCAAGAGCUUCCGCCUCCCCUCCGCAUUUCGCACAAAGAAGCGGUUGCUUUCUGCUUCCGCGGCAGCGGCAGCAGCAGCAGCGCGGGUUUGGGGGCCUCCGGCAGAAGUGGCACACCGAGGCAAGCAGCAACAGGGAGCAGCUGCAGCACACUGCAGCAGAAUGUUAGAGUGGAGGCGACCUCGGGGGAAGGAGACGAGCAAAAAAUACUUCCGUCUUCUCCCUCAGAGUGCUCAUUGGCUGGAGGGGCAACAAAUGGACGUCGCAAAGAAGGCGGGAAUCACACAGGCCACUAUGCGCAGCAGCAGCAGCAGCAGCAGCAACAGCAGCUGCAAGAGCAGCUCAUAUCUAGACCCGCGUCUAUCCUCCAGGGAGUCGCUCGAAUCGGACUCCUCCUUCUUGCAGGCACCGGCGGUGAGCCUGCGGUCUUCAUUGCCGUCCUCUCGAGAAAUUGAAAGAGCAGGACAGCUGGCCGAUAGCCUCCGAGCGGAAGAUGCUACUGCUGCUGCUGCUGUGGAUGCGGAUGCGCCAACUGGAGCCAAGGUGGCUGGGAAAGAGGCGGGCUUUCAGCCCCUGAGCGAUUCCGUUGAGGAUUGCGCUGCCGCUGCAGCAGCUGCAGCAGCUACAGCGGCUUUAGCUGGUGAUGGUGGUGGUGGUACUGCAGUGCAGCAGCCUACGGGGGAGGCGGUGCAGCCUUGGCGGGCACCUGCUGGGGUACAGGAUGUCUGCAACAUGAUAACCCCGCAUCGCCACUAUGACGUAUUAUCACGUUUAUUGUUUAUAUACGCCAAAGUCAACGCAGGGCUGUGCUACGUCCAGGGGAUGAACGAAAUCCUUGCCCCCAUUUAUUAUGCACUGAUGACAGACCCGACGUACACAGACUAUGAACAGGCGGAGGCGGAAAUCUUCUACUGCUUCAGUGAAGUCAUGCAGCAACAACGCGAUGCCUUCUGCAAAGCCCUCGACCCAACAGAUGCCGGCGUACGCGGCCGGCUGGCCAGCUUAGACGCUCUUCUUAGAAAAAAGGAUGAAGAAGUUUGGAUGCAUCUCAACGCAGUUGGCGUCGAACCGCAGUUCUAUGCCUUGAGAUGGCUGCUUCUGAUGCUGACACAAGAGUUUGAGAUGCCUGACGUGUUGGCUCUAUGGGACGGCUUCAUAGCGGAUGCAGGGCGGCCUUUGCCUUUGCUGUAUUAUGUUUGUGUCGCGAUAGUCAUUUGGCUUAGACCUGCCCUCUUGGCUGGCGACUUCACUGCAUGCAUGAAGCUACUGCAGCAUCUUCCCUCUUUCGACCCGAAGGCUUUGCUAAGCUCUGCCAUGAGGCUGCGAGCGGAUGACCUAGAAGGGAACGCAUCCACGGCGUCGCGUGUGCCUCGACCUGUGUCUGAAGGGGGUCAGAGGAGGAGCCGGGAGGGCCUUGAGGAUUUGGAUCCCUUGCAGCAGAUGUCGGACUCGUUUUUUAAGCCGAUUUCCCGUGCAAUUGCUGCACUGAGUUUGAAUGAAGGUCUGGGUGCCGGGACUAGCGAGGCAGCUCGACCGGUUCCAGCAGCAGCAGAGGCUGGGGGGGAGAGGGGCUGGAAGAAGGGCGUCUUCCUGCCUCCUUCGCUGCUGGGGGAGGGGAGUGCAAGUAAGGGAGAAAGUACUAGUAAAGAGAGUGGGGAGGGCCCUGAUGCUGCCAUCGGGCAUCUCAAACGACUGGCGGGGGUCGGCGUUGAGCACGCCUACAGGGGGGCCAGCGUCGUGUCGCAAUACUUCAACAACUCAGGGCUUGCCUCAGGUCUUGCAUCUAACAUAACUUCUUUCUUCGGGGGGGACAGUACACCGAGCAGCGCAGUUGCACCCCCAGAGGCAGCAGGGGAUGUAGCUGCCGAACGCCCCAGACAAUCAGCUGCAGCAAAGCUGGGCGAAUUCUUCGCAGCUGCUCAAACAGGACUCUCUGCAGGGGCCAAGGGGGGCGCCGAAUCCCGCAUCAUCCAACCCGACAGAGGCCCAGAUGCAGUUCUGGCGCCAGAUGCAGUCGACGCUGCGGACAGCGCUCCUCCGCUAAUUGAAUAUCCAUUCUCGCCAGUCGAAGAGGGUGUCGGUGAAGCGGUCGAACGUCCGCCAGAGACAGAUGAGGACCCAUUGCAAGAAAUUUCCCCUAGACAACGGAGCCUCUGGGAAACAGACACGACGGCAGCGUUGAAGGGGCGACUGGGGGAUGCGGAAGAUAUUACAGACAGUCCACGAAGCGAUGCAGACGAACAAUCUUUUAAAUCCGCGGCACAACCCAGCGUUGUAACCGAGCAAUGCCGCCUAGAGAUAGUCUUACCUUCGGUGGAUAUUUCAAAUCUAAAAUUUAAAACACUAAACCCUCGGUGGAACUCGAAACUUUCAACCUAG